GGCUGCAGCUGCAGGUGGGAGGCAGACACCUGGGAUCUUCAGGAAGCCUUCAGACCGUGGGCACGGGCCCGGUUCCUGGGUUCAGGGUGUGAGUGAGACGAGUGCGGGCAGGGCUUGGUCAUGCCCUCUGCUAGGGGGAGAGGCGGAGCCUGUGGGAACACCUUUUGGAGCCCGAGCGCCUGCGGGACCAUAUGGCAGCUGGGGACUGGAAGCAACGGAACCAAAGGCAGACGGUCCUCGGUUGCUGGGGCGGACGUGGGCCCAAUCUGUCCGUUCCCGCAAGUUUCCCCCAGGGCUGGGACCUGGGCGAGCGGCAAAUUCAGAUUUUCCCGGAUCAUAGUGUUCGUCGCGGGCCCGAGUUGGAGGCUAACUGAGAAGUCUUCGUUCCUCAGAUUUGUUGAUCUACAGAAUGCUUCGAUACCCAUAUUUUUGUAGAAUCCAUAAAAAUUUUCUUUCAUGCUGGUUGGAAUCUGGCAUAUUUAAUUUGGGUGUCUGGCCAAAAAAAAUACAUGCUACAGCAGAAAGAUAUAAUGAAUAUGAAGCCCAGGAGGAAACAGAUCAAACUGGAGUUCAGGAGUUACACAGAUCUCAAGAUAGAGAUUCUGGAGUGAUGACUAAGUUACAUAUUCCAGUGAUGGUGGAUGAAGUUGUUCGUUGUUUGGCACCACAGAAAGGGCAGGUUUUCCUAGAUAUGACAUUUGGUUCAGGAGGACACACAAGAGCCAUUCUACAGAAGGAGCCAGAUAUUACUCUGUAUGCAUUAGACAGAGACCCAACAGCAUAUGCAAUAGCUGAACAGCUUUCAGAAUUGUACCCUAAACAGAUCCGAGCCAUCCUAGGCCAGUUCAGCCAGGCAGAAGCCUUACUAAUGAAAGCUGGAGUACAGCCAGGGACUUUGGAUGGAGUUCUUUUGGAUCUUGGGUGUUCCUCCAUGCAACUUGAUACCCCUGAAAGAGGUUUUUCCCUUCGGAAGGACGGCCCCUUGGACAUGAGAAUGGAUGGUGACAGGUACCCUGAUAUGCCCACUGCAGCGGAUGUUGUGAACGCGUUAGAUCAACAGGCACUUGCGUCCAUCCUGAGAGCAUACGGAGAGGAGAAGCACGCCAAGAAAAUCGCUUCAGCGAUCGUUCAGGCACGCGGCCUCUACCCCAUCACCAGAACCCAGCAGCUUGCCAGCAUUGUUGCAGGUGCAUUUCCUCCCUCUGCUCUUUAUGCACGAAAAGAUUUGCUACAGCGAUCUACCCACAUUGCUACAAAGACUUUUCAAGCUUUUCGCAUAUUUGUGAACAAUGAGCUCAAUGAACUUUACACAGGACUGAAGACAGCUCAGAAGUUUCUGAGACCUGGUGGUCACCUCGUUGCCCUCUCCUUCCAUUCACUGGAGGAUCGCAUCAUCAAACGAUUCCUGCUUGGGAUAAGCAUGACAGAAAGGUUUAACCUAAGUGCUAGACAGAAGGUGAUACAAAAAUCACAAUUGGAUUCAGAUCAGGAAAACAAGGAAGGCGUGUCUACGGGAAAGGCCCCUGUAAUGUGGAAAUUGAUGCACAAGAAGGUACUUACUCCAGAAGAUCAAGAUGUGCAGGAUAACCCCAGAGGGCGCUCUGCCAAGCUUAGAGCAGCCAUCAAAUUAUGAGAAAGUUUUCAUCAUCUAAUCCUUCAAGAUUUUCCUCACAGUUUCUCAUGUGAUAUUCCUGGACAGCCUAAUGUAAGAAAGUGUGGGAUAUAUAAAGGUAUAUAACUAUAUAUGUGUGGAGCUAGCAGGUAUUUAGCUCUUUUUUUACCUCAAAAAGAAAAUGUAAAAAAUAAUAACAUGAUGUAGAAAGCUCAAUUCAAGGAGCAGCAGUACCUCAAAACUGGAAAAGUAUGUUUAUCUUAGCAAUAUAUUUGACUUUUGAAAUGGUUAAAUUCUGGUUAAAUCCUUUCUUUAACCAGGAAAUUUUUUAAAAGAAGAGGAGAAUAUGUGUAUGUAAAAUCAAGUUGUCAAAAGAGAGAUUAUAAUUAUAUCUGCAUGCCCAAAUUUCUGAAUUUAGAUAUUCAGAUUUGCAACAGACUAUGAUUCAAAUAGUUAAUAAUGAUCAUGAAAUUUAUUUUAAUUUUUCUCCUUGGGAAUAACUUUCUCAAAUACAGGUAUUACUAUUUUAAAAAUGUGUUACACUGAUAAAUUUAAAUACUGAAUUAUAGUGUCAUUGUUUUAAAGAGAUUUUUCAAGAGAUUUUUCAGUAUGAUAUGUGCCAUGUUUUCAUAUAUUGCAAACUAAAAAUGUAGAAUUGCUCUAAUAGCCUUCACAGAGGACGUUUCAUAAAACUUACAUUUGAAUUCAAUUGUGUUUAUUAUAGUAAUAGCCCAGAGUGCUUUUGAUAAAUAGUAAAAUCUCUUAUCAUUUGAAUCCUGCAUUUUUAAACUGAGCUAUUCAAAAUAGUCAAAGUCUAUUGAAACGGAAAAGUUUAUCAUCUAUUCCAGAUACUAAAAUCAAUGUGCUCUUAAUGUUCUUAUUUACAGAGUUCACAUGGUAAAGGAUUCUUUAACAAAUUGUUGAAAAUAAUUCAUAAUUCACAUUACUUUUUAUAUGUAAGUAUGCAUUUCUGAUUUAUUCAGUUAUGAUGCAAGUACUGAAAUAGGCAAAGAAACAAAAGUGAGUAAAAUACACUCACUUAUAGUCUAGCAAAGAAGAGCGAUGGUAGUUAACUAAUCACUAAAAUUAAUAUAAAAUCGUCGAAGUGGUAAGGGCUAUAUAGAUGUAGUAUGCUGUGCUGUGCUGUGUUUAGUCACUCAGUCAUAUCCAACUCUUUGCAACCCCAUGGACUGUAGUGUACCAGGCUCCAUAAAAUACCAUAAAUACAUCCAAUAGCAGUGAAAUCCCAUGACUGACAACAUGGUACUUGAUUUAUGACUCAAAGAAUGAAUAAGAGAUAAUUAGCUAUAGGAUACAUGGGCAUGUUGAUUAAAGGUACAUGUCAAUGAUUGUUUUCUUAAGUAGUUCCCCUUGAAGUCAUAUUUAUACUAUAAUUUGCUCAGUAAACUAUUUAUUCAAAUACAGGGAAAAUUCAUUUUAUCAAUUAUGAUUACAGAACCUAAGUUGGCGAAUCCAGUGAAUAAACUAUCAACAUAAUUAGAUGGGUGAAAGAUAAGAAUUAAAAACUUACAUUUAUCUUACUUUAUCUACCUCUGUCAUAGUUAACUUUAUUUCCCAAGUUUGUUUACCACUUUUAAUUUAAAGACUGCUCAAACCUGAGGAUGUCCCAGGUGGCACAGUGGUAAAGAAUCACCUGCCAACACAGGAGACACAAGAGACAUGGGUUUGACCCCUGGGGUCAGGAAGAUUCCCCUGUAGUAGGAAAUGGCAACUCCCUCCAGUAUUCUUGCCUGGGAAAUGCCAUGGACAGAGGACCCUGGCGGGCUACAGUCCAGGAGAUUGCAAAGAGCUGGACAUGACUAAGAAGCUGAGUACACACGCACAUUCAAAUCUGAAGAAUUCAGCAGGGAAAUCAGAAUAAGAAAAUAUUCUAGGCAGCAAUGUGCCCAUGUUAGAAAUGAAUGUACCUAGCUUAAUCCUCUGAAUCCUUCCUAAAGAAUUUUGUAAGUUCCUCUUUGUAUGUAAGUCAUAUUUGUGAAUGAGAAUGAUUCCCAAAGGUAGGUACCCAUCUGAGUAUGUGAUUAGAAUACAAAAGAUUGCAUGUAAUACUCAAGAAUGAUUCACCUAUGUCAUCAAUCAUGUUUGGAUGUUAUAUAACACAGGAAUUUUUUCAUUAAUGUUAACUGGAAACUGCCUGCACUGACUGGGUUGGAUGACAUCCUUCCAAAAUUCAUGUCCUUUCCAAAACCUCAUAGUAUGACCUUAUUUGGAAAUUCGGCUAUUACAGAUGUUAGCAGUUAAGACGUAAUACUGAAGCAGAGAAGGCCCUUAACCCCAUAUGUCUGUGUCCUUAUCAGAAGAGAAGAAAUACAGAGACACAGGGGAGAAUGCCACAUGAAGACAAAGGCAGAGACUGAAGUGAUGUAUCUACAAGCCAGGGGACACCAAGAAUUGCUGACAACCAUAAGAAGCUAGGAGAGAAGCAUGGAGUAGAUUGUCCCUCAGGAACUUUAGUAGGUAUUAAUAACUGCUGAAACCUUGGUUUCGGACUUCCAACCUCCAGAACAGUUAGAGAAUAAAUUUCUGCUAUUUUCUGCUGGCCAAUCUGUGGUGGUUUAUUAUGGCAGCCUUAAGAAACUGGUGCUCUGACCAAAAAAAAAAAAAAAAAUCUUGAAUAACAUGCAUUAAAAAAAUCCUGCAUCAAUAAAUACAAAAUCGGCUUCAAAAUAUUGUAGUAUAAAAACACAUUAUCUAUUUUUUAUAAUUAGGCUGUUUGCGACAAUCAUUCUUACCUUCCUCUUAGUUGUAGGAUGAAUAAUCAAAUACAUGAAUGAGUUUCAAAUGAUUAACAAUGGAGAAUGAUUUUGGGGAAUUUAACUAGUACAUAUAGAAAAUAAAAACAGAUUAUUAAAAUGAAUGUACAUUGCUUUUCCAAUAAAAUAUAAAUUAUAUAAAACAAGCAGUUGUUUUGCAUAUCUGAAUCUUUCUAUUGACUGCCUCUGCCAGUCAUAUUAUAUAACAUAGAUCCCAUUAUGUAGGACAUCAGUUCUUAACAGUUUUAAUAAUUUCUCAUUAAGAAAUGAAAUUUAGUAACUACAUAUGAUUUUUAGUUGAUACUCCUAUUUCAUAUGUUCAUUUUGUUUUGACAAUUGUAUGUUGGUUAUUAUGUAAUCUUUGAAAUUUCUAGGGUAAUUUGGGGGAAGACACUAAUAGUAUCAAUUUUUUUCUAUUUCAUGUAAUAUGUGAUAUAUGGUUUGUGCUUAAAUUCAUUUAUAUUGAGCUAUUUAUUAUAUUACAACCAAUAGUUUAUAAGAAAAUACAGUAUGCCUCACUAGGUUUUUGAGGUUAACUAAAACCUCUUAAAAUUCGCUUGUAAAUAUUUGAAAAUCAUAUUUUAUUUAGUCUUUGCAGAGUGUUACAUAUUUUCAGAGGUUUAUAAAAUUCUUUCCAAUUUUUGUUUUUAAAUAAGCAGAAAUAAUAAUUUAUACUGUAGAAUUUUUAAUAAAAUCUAAACUUCAUUUGAAAUCUUA